GAGGAUUUCUUUAAACCCCCUGCUACAAAACCCGCCGGGAAAGAACAAAAGAGCAGCUACAUAUCUAUCUUGAAUUGAUUUAGUACUGAAAUCAAAUUCCUGAUCGUUACUUUUUUUUGAUCGUCAGAGAUGAGUGAGAGUGUAAUAAGCAAAGCAGAGAAGCUGGUAAUAUCAUCCAUGAAAGCAAACGAUGCAUCUCAUGAUGCUUCGCAUGCUUUGAGGGUUAGAGAUCUUGCUCUCUCUUUAGCAAAAGAAGAAGGUUUAUCCUCUUCCCUUGAUUCCAUGGAAAUAGUUGAACUUGCUGCACUUCUCCAUGAUAUUGGAGACUACAAGUAUGUGAGAGAUCCUUCUGAAGAAAUGAUUACUGAGAGGUUUCUUGAGGCAGAGAAUGUUGAGGAGAGCAAGAGGCAAAGAAUACUAAGUAUCAUAAAGGGAAUGGGUUUCAAGGAGGAGCUUGCGGGUAACCAAAGUGCUGAAUUUUCUCCAGAGUUUGGUGUCGUCCAAGAUGCGGACCGUCUUGAUGCAAUCGGAGCUGUGGGAAUUGCACGAUGCUUCACAUUUGGUGGAAGUAGAAGUCGUGUAUUGCAUGACCCUAAUAUUCAUCCACGAUUAGAUUUAUCGAAGGGGCAAUAUAUGAAUAAAGCCGAGCAGACUACUAUCAAUCAUUUUCAUGAAAAGCUUCUUAAGCUGAAGGACUUGAUGAAAACAAAGGCUGGGCGGAGAAGAGCAGAAAAAAGGCACAAGUUCGUGGAGGAGUUCUUAACAGAGUUUUAUGAAGAGUGGGAUGGAAGAUCUUAAACAAGAUUAAUCUCAAGGAAGGAACUGUCACUCUGGAAUCUAGAUUUUUGGAUGCAUUGAUGAAUCUUAUGAGCCACCAUUUUCAGAUUAAUCUCAAGGAACGAACUGUCACAAACACAUCUUUGUAGGAAGUUUGGGUGUAAAUAGUUUCAACCUAUAGUAAGAAUUUUGAUCUCCUUAAUUCCUCUCUUUUAUGAUGGUAACAGUGUUAAGGACUUGACGGUAUUUCUUUAUUUCACUUGGUAAGUUUAAUCUCAAGUUUAUCAGUCAGAGUUAGGUUUAGUAAUCCAGGAAAACUUCUCCUUUCUUGUCACCAACUUUAGUUUAUCUAAGUUUUUGCACCUUAAUCAUGUAUGCAUGGAUUUGUAUGUUUUUACCCGAGUGGUUGAUGAGCAAUAUUUACUGACUAGGGCUAUAUGCACGAAGUAACCAAAAUGCAAAGAGACCAAGAAAAUUAUAUAUCAGUUUGAUAGGAAUUAGGUGUGAAGAAUUAGAGGUUUGCAAAAGUGGUAAAAGAAAAAUUGAAAAAUUUAUGCAACUUGGGUUAGUAUCAACAGAAACUGCAUGUGUUGUGCACGCUUCACAAAGUAUUUUAGGUCAUGUACCAGCGAAAAUGGAGUAAUUUUCUGGAUAAUGGUCG